AUGGCGGAUGACGACGACUACCAAGAUAUGGACAACGACGACUUCGUCGACGAUGAUGUUGAGGAUGUCGAUUUAGAACAGGUUGAAGACGAGCAAGAUGAUCAUCGUAUCGACAUUAUUAGCGCGGAAAAAGGAACAGCUUCAACUGAUCGUGUCACUACUCCAUUUAUGACCAAGUAUGAACGUGCCAGGGUUCUAGGUACGCGAGCUCUUCAGAUAGCCAUGGGUGCUCCUGUGAUGGUGGAACUAGAAGGAGAAACUGAUCCAUUGGAAAUCGCCCGAAAGGAGUUAAAGCAUCGUCGGAUCCCCAUAAUUAUCCGGCGUUAUUUACCUGAUGGAUCAUUUGAAGACUGGUCCGUUGACCAACUGCACGUAACCGACUGGUGA